AGCAAUAGGGUCUAAUCUGGCAUUCAGCCGGGCCCGACCAUUUUCCACUUUAGGGCGAAGAGCGCAGGGAGCGAACAAAGCCCCGUGCACAACUGAAAUCCAAUACUGCCAUUUUAAGAAAAUCCGAACCCACGUUGACGCGGUGGCCACGACGUCGCGCCGCCGCUGUCGCCUUCGUCGCUGUUCUUAGGCAACGUGCGACGUCGAGAUUCGCGCUAGCCGCGCUGGUUUUUAUUUCGCCCUCGCCCGCGCGCGCGCGCGCGCGACUCCACGGAAGCGGUCGCGGAGUCGCGGGUUCCUCCGCACCGCGCGCCAUCCCGUGCCACCACGGGGUUCGCGACUCCGAUCCAAGCGGAAAGUGGACGCUUAUAUAAAUACAUUAUCAUAACAUACACACAGACACGCGCACGUCGUGGUGACGCCGACCACAAUUGUAAUAAUUAUGAAUUUACUAAAAAAAAAACUAUUCAAUGUGUUCACGCUAUAAAAGCUGGAGUCGAACCCGCAAAAAGUCUGGAUUGCGAGUCCAAUUCGCUGACCAUCACGCGACCACUUUGGCAGCUGCAGCAUCGGCGACCGAGAGACGAAGCUGCUUUCCGCGUCGCGGUAGGCACCGCGCGGUGUUCCAUCAAGAAACUGACGAUGCCCGACGUUCCGAGUGGCAGCUUCUCCUCCUCAAACUCCCGAAAAAGCUGCCCCACCCACCGCACGCAGAACGUGAAGCGAAACGUCGGGACAUCGUUCCGAACAGCACGCGGCACAAAGCCGAAAUCACCACACGGGAGAGCGACACAGCAGCCAGCAGCAGGGCCGAGAAGCCACCCACCCGGCAGCAGGGCGACUGAUCACCAAGCACAAAGUUUGUCACGAUGCGGGUGCGAGCUACAACCUCGGCAUGCGACCGUGGGCAGACAAAACGGACGAUGCCAGAACAUCCCCGGAGCUCCCAACUCCCAGCUCCGAUGCGAACGAACAAACCACAACAACAAUAGCAGCAGCCGCCGCCGCCGUGGUAGAAUGCGCACGACAAACACCACUGCGCGGCUAAGACUCGUUAAUUCACAGCAAUUAAUGAAUACACGCGAAGUGAAUCGAGUGGCGCGCCGUUAGCGGCUGCGGCGAUACGGGGACCCGUACGGGUGCCGAAGCGCGGCCGUGGGACUCGUGGAUUUGAUGCGAAUCAAACACGAGUCCGGAUUAAUCCCAGCAGCCCAACCCCCGCCCCACCAAGGCGUGCACACCGCGCGCACAGACACACACGGACACACCUCACCACCACCACCCCUACCUCGAGCCGCUGCCCUGAUUGGCGCUCGCUGUGGCUGACAUCACUUGCGCGCGGAUAGGAGGACGCGAAGCUAUGAGGGUCUCUCCGUCACUCCAGCCCGUGUCCACACACCGACAAGUUUACAUCGUCCGUCGUGGUGUCGCCAGCCACCCCUCCUCCUCUUCAUCUUCCUCCUCCUCCUCUAUCGCCAUCACUAUCACCAACGAACACCACUAUCACUAACUACCAUCACCAUCACCACCGCCGCCCCCUCUGCCACGAGACCGAACAUCUCCACCCCCCACCGCAUGCGCGCUCGAGCACGGCUCCGCGCCCGUGCAUCAUCAUCAUCAUCGCAUUCUUCAUCAUCAGCAGCCACUGCGCUGCUCAGGUGCCCAAUCAUCACCAUCAGCAGCAUCGUUCUCCUCAUCAUCAUAAUCGUCAUUCGGGAGAUCCGAGCAGCCCGUGGAUUUGCAGGAGAGAAUUAACGAAGUUGCGCGCUUCGUUCAGAGCGUGACGCAGAGAGGGGGGGGGGGGGGGGGAGCGCUCAAUCGCCUCUUCUCGUCCGUCCGGCCGCACUCCGCCGAUCCGCGCCUCUCGCUCCUCCGCGCGUCUCUCGUCUCGACUCCAGAGCUUCUCUCUCCGGAAGCUGACCACCGGGAGCGAACCUGCGACUCGCUCCUCGGCCACCACCACCACCACUCCUCGUUCCCCUCGUCAAGAAGCUACCCCCCCCCUGCCCCCCCCCCAAGCAGCUCGAGCGAGGCGUCCCAGGCAUGAUGUCGUAUCUCAAGCAGUCUCCCUACGCCAUGAACGGCCUGGGUCUAGGCGCUCCGGGCAUGGAGCUCCUCCACCAUCCGGCAGUCGCCUACCCCGGGCCGAACCGGAAGCAGCGUCGCGAGCGCACGACGUUCACGCGCGCCCAGCUUGACGUCUUGGAGGCGCUCUUUUCCAAGACGCGAUACCCCGACAUCUUCAUGCGCGAAGAGGUGGCGCUCAAGAUCAACCUGCCCGAGUCUCGCGUACAGGUGUGGUUCAAGAACCGCCGUGCCAAGUGCCGGCAGCAGCAGCAGAGCGGCGGGCAGAGCAAGGCGCGCGCGGCCAAGAAGAAGAGCACUCCGCCUCGCGAGAGCAGCUCGGAGAGCACGGCGAGCAGCCAGUACACGCCGCCCUCGUCCAGCGCCACGGCGCCGCAAGCCUCGGCCGCCAGCGUGGCCAUCUGGAGCCCCGCUUCCAUCUCGCCCAUGGGCGACCACCUCACCACGACGGCAGCCUCCUGCAUGCAGCGCUCGUCCGCCUACGCCAUGACCUACAGCCAGGCGUACAGCCAGGCGUCCGCGGCCGCCGGCUACUCGGGCUCGGGGUCGUACUUCGGCGGGGUGGACUGCGGCUCCUACCUGCCCGCGUCCGUCCACCCGCAGCUGCCCGCGGCCGGGGCCACGCUCAGCCCGAUGGCCUCGUCGAUGGCCGGAGGCCACAUCGGCCAAGCAGCCGCGUCGCACGGGGGGGCACUGGGGGCGCCCGGGUACGCCGGCGGCGGCCUGCCCUUCAACUCGCCCGACUGCCUGGACUACAAGGAACAGGCGGCGUCGUGGAAGUUCGGUUUCAACCCGGCGGACUGUUUGGAUUACAAAGACCAGCCGUCCUCGUGGAAGUUCCAGGUGCUCUGAGAGGCGCGCCGGGAGCCACGCGGCGAGGCCACCCGGGGCGUGCCGGGGCGAGGGUGGCCGCUGCCGACGCAGCGGUGCGGUUCGCGACCAACUCCCGCGCACGUGGGCUCCGAAUUCGCCAGUGACGAGCGAUUGGUGGUGCGGACCGGAUAUCGCAACUACAGAGAAAAAUCACAGCUAUCCCCUACAAGGACGAUUUCGUACACGUGCCCGACACAGUGCGCAGCAUUCGCUCACACACACACACACUCGCACACGUACUCGUGUCAAUCUUGUUAGAAUGUAGCUUGCCGCAGUGUAUUUUGACAUUUUAAAUUGACAAUCCAUUUGUGUCCGGUUUUCAGUUGCCAUAUUUUUUUUCCCACCACGUACUUAUAGUUUUGAGUGGCCUCAUGUCGUCGUUAUAUGUUAUUUUUGUUGGUGUCAUGUAUUAAAAAAAAAGUUGUGGGCAACGCGAUAUUGCUGCGUGACAUUUCGAGGAGCAGUGGAGUCGAGUGGCCCGGGAAUUGGAGACAGCACCACCGCGACCCGGAGCUGAAUUUCCCGUUUAUUGAGCUAAUUUAUUUAAAAUCACCGUCACUUCUGCCGUCCGCAUUGUAAUUACGAAGGCAUUGGUUCUUUUCCCGCUCUAGAGAUGAAUAGCCCAUCAAGCUGUAGUGAAUUCCAUUUAUUUUAGUUUGGUAGUCAAAUUAUUAUGUCUUGGGAUUUUUAAACUUUUUUCUGUAAUGUAUGUAAUGAUGCGAAAAUACCCCCCUCCCCCCCCCCCCCCCCCCCGUUAAUCCUCUAUCCAAGAACAAUUUUGGUCAGUUUGUAAUGACCGGAAAUUUGUAAAUGAGUGUUGCAUAGAGGAACAAAUAAAGUUGUUGAAAGACCACA